AUGAGCUUCACUGGAAAGUAUGAACUCCAGUCCCAGGAAAAUUUUGAGCCUUUUAUGAAAGCCAUUGGGCUUCCCGAUGAGCAGAUCCAGAAGGGCAAGGACAUCAAGAGCAUCUCGGAAAUCGUGCAGGAUGGGAAAACGUUCAAGAUUACCGUGACCACUGGCUCUAAAGUGCUGCACAACGAGUUCACCAUCGGGGAGGAGUGCGAGAUGGAGAUACUGACAGGACAGAAAGUCAAGGCUGUUGUUCAGAUGGAGGGUAACAACAGACUGGUCGCAAACGUGAAAGGGCUGACAUCUGUCACCGAACUCAAUGGAGACAUCAUCACCAAUACGAUCACCAUGGGAGACCUCACCUACAAGAGGAUCAGCAAGAGAAUCUAG